AUGGGGAAGCAGGGGAGCCGGUCGCGCAAGCGGCAGCUGGAGGGCAAGCACAAGUACUCGCUGGGUGAGGCCAUGACGGACCCGGAGGCCCUGGGGGUGCGCGUGCACCCGCGGGCGGAGAAGCGGAGGAAGGGAGGCGAGGACGAGGACGAGGCUGGGGACCUCGACGACAUCCCAGGAGCCACCAGGGCCGGCAUCAUGGAGCUCGCACGCGCGCAGCAGCGCGAGGUCGAGGCCGAGGUCGCGGAGGGCCGCGCCGACGUCGACGGCGGCGAAGAGCGCCCGCGCGAGCGCCGCGCCAUCCUCGCUGACGCAGUGCGGAGGGCCGCGGAGACGACGGGCGCGGCGCGGCGGGCGCCCGCGGAGGAGUGGGUGCCGACGAGGGCGGACAGCGACGACGACAGCGUCGGCGCGCCGGACGAUGAUGACGCGUGGGAGGCUGCGUGGGAGGCGGAGGAGGAGGGCGUGACGGAGGAGGACCGGCGCGCGAUGGAGGCGUUCAUGGCGCCCGCGGGCGGGGAGUCCAUGGCCGACAAGAUCAUGCGGAGUUUACGGGAGCAGCAGGCCGCGAUGGGGGCGGACGUGCUUCCGGAGAGCGCCCCGGGGGACCAGGGGGGGGAGCCGCGGCUGGUGCGCACCGGGCUGGACCCGAAGGUGACGCAGGUGUACACGGGCGUCGGGCAGCUGAUGUCGCGGUACACGUCCGGGCGCGUCCCGAAGGCGUUCAAGAUCAUACCGUCCCUGGAGGAGUGGGAGGAGGUGUUGUGGCUGACCGACCCCUUUGCGUGGACGCCGCACGCGGUGUACCAGGCGACGCGGAUGUUCUCGUCGAACCUGAACGCGCGCAUGGCGCAGCGGUUCUACUCGCUCGUGCUGCUCCCGCGCGUGCGCCGCGACAUCGCCGAGAACCGCCGGCUGCACUUUGCGCUCUUCCAGGCGCUCAAACAGGCCUUCUACAAGCCCGCCGCGUGGUACAGGGGCAUCCUGCUCCCGCUGUGCCAGUCGCGGACGUGCACGCUGCGCGAGGCCGUCAUCCUCUCGUCCGUCCUCAAGCGCGUGCACGUCCCCGUCCUGCACAGCGCCGCCGCGCUCCUCCGCCUCGCGGAGAUGGAGUACGGCGGCACGACGUCCUUCUUCAUCCGGGUGCUGCUCGAGAAGAAGUACUCGCUGCCGUACCGCGUCAUCGACGGCCUCGUCGAGCACUUCUGCCGCUUCCACGACGAGGAGCGCCGCCUCCCCGUCGUGUGGCACCAGUCGCUGCUGACGUUUGUGCAGAGGUACAAGGGAGACCUGAAGGCGCAGGACAAGCAGCGGAUCAAGGCGCUCUGCAAGGAGCAUUACCACUACCAGAUCUCGCCCGAGGUGCACCGCGAACUGGACGGGUCGCUCCACCGGGGGCAGCGCGCCAUGGCCGCCGCGCCCGUCAGCCGCCUGGCGGCCGCCGGCAAGGAGGACGUGCGGAACCUCCCGCCGGUCAUGAUCCUGGACGACUGA